AUGGAAAAGUGGAAAUAUUUUUAUAUAAGAUUGAGUGAAACAAUAUGUAAAGUUCACACGCAUAUUGUAAUUAUAACAAAAUUUAUAUUAGGAAGACUGCCUGUAAUCUUUACUUUUUUUCUAAUUAUUACUGGAGAUUAUUUGACCACUAAUUAUGUACAUAAUAUACUUAUAGGUACAAAACAACUGACUAUUCGAUAUAUUGGUAUAGUUUCAAUGUUAUCUUAUCAAAUAUGUGUAACUUUGUUAAUUGCAUCUUAUUUGCAAUUAAUUAAUUUAGACCCUGGUUCACUACAAGUUUUGAGUUGUCCCAAGAGAAAACCUCCAGAUGCAGACAUGAAAUAUGACAGAACUUGUACAAAGUGCAAUCCCCAGAGAUGGAAACCACUGCGAGCUCAUCACUGUUCAACAUGUAAAACAUGUAUUUUUAAAAUGGAUCAUCAUUGUAUUUGGAUUAAUAAUUGCAUUGGAUUUUCAAACCAGAAACUCUUUAUUUUAUUUUUAAUUUAUAUUUUAAUUUGUUGUAUUAUAUCACUAUUAUCUGUAUUUUUACUCCUAUAUACACUCAGUAUUACAUCAUCUACAUUUGAUUUGAGAGAUUGGACCUACAUUAAUAAUAUCUUUAUUUUAUUUAAUAUUAUAUAUAGUGUUAUCUUUGGUACUGCUGCAUUUGUUUUUCUUUUAGAUCAAUUUGAAGCAAUUAAAUCCAAUACUUCACUUGUUGAGACAUAUCAAAGUGUUUAUGGAGAACUACAAGGUUUUGCUCGACAAUUCACAAAUAUAUUUGGGAACAACAUUUUACUUUGGAUAUUACCUAUACAAGUCAAUAAUAAACCGAAUUUCUUAGAAAACCUUUAUGUUGAAUUAUCUCGUGAGGAAAUAAAACCUUUAAAGACGAAUAAAAGUAAAGAUUGGGUGAUUUUAGAUGGAAUUAUCGAAGUUAAUAGUGAUGAAAAUAAAUACAAUAAACAAGUUACUAGGUUAUAUAAUACAAACUAA